UAUAUCAAAAUGUUCGGUUAUCCAGCUCUGGCCACCCUCGCCCUUUGUUCCAUUCUUAGCUUGAAUGGAAUCGAAGCCACUCACCUGAGGUUCCCAGGACCCGCGAGGGGUAGAUCCCUGCCGCUGAUCCUGCAAGGACAGGAACAAGCACCGUACCCACCAGCCGGUCUGGUGCCCGAUCCGCCAUUCGAACUGCCCACCGAGGAGGCGGUGGAGUUUCCUCAACCUGAAGAGACUUAUGGACCUCCAGCAGACACCUACGGACCGCCUGCGGUGGUGGAAGAGCCCGCUGAAGUCUACGGUCCCCCAGAUCAGACCUAUGGCCCCCCUGAUCAACCCGCCAGUGAUGACCCUUCGAGCACCUUGCCCCAAAGCGCAGCCAUCAUAGAUCUGGCCAGUCUGCCGCUGCCUCCUCAGGCCCAGUACGUUCUCCCGCUGCUGAGCCGCCUGGCUUUCCGACCGCAGCGACCGGUUCUUCUGACUCCGCAGCGCCGUCCUGCCAAGCUCUCUGCUCGUCCGCGGCCUAAGCCGGCCAAGAUUGUGAAUGCGAUCAAAGGAACUCCAGUGUUCCCGUCAACUCCACUGGCUCUGCCCUUCGUGGAUCGCCGCAUUCCCUUCCGCCCGCAGCCAGCACGCCUGAUAGUGAAUGCUCCCUUCAGACGACCAUCCAGGCAGUAGACUACAUCGUUCUCCAUCGUGACCCAGAGCGGAGUCCACCAAUGUUAUACACACCAUGUAAAUAAAGUUUGUUGUUUAUGUCUAA